AUGCACGCCGUCGUGCACCACCACCCUGGCCACCGCACACCGCCGCCUCGCUGCUGCUCUCGCGGCCACGGGCGCAGCAGCGUCGUCGUCCGCGCCGCGGCCGCGGCCACCGUCACCAGCACCCCGGGCGCCGCGGCGACAGCGCCGGACUCGCCGUCCGCGGCGUUCUGGGACUACAACCUCCUAUUCCGGUCGCAGCGCGCCGAGUCCCGCGACCCCGUGGCGCUCCGCGUCACGGAGGGCGCGAUCCCGCCAGACUUCCCAGCGGGCACCUACUACCUCGCCGGGCCUGGGAUGUUCGCCGACGACCACGGGUCCACCGUGCACCCGCUCGACGGCCACGGCUACCUCCGCUCGUUCCGCUUCGGUGGCGCCGACGACGGCGUCGAGGCGACGGCGCACUACUCCGCGCGGUACGUGGAGACCGCGGCGAAGCGGGAGGAGCACGACGACGCGGGCGGCGCGUCGUCGUGGCAGUUCACGCACCGGGGCCCCUUCUCGGUGCUGCAGGGCGGGAACCGGGUGGGCAACGUGAAGGUGAUGAAGAACGUGGCUAACACCAGCGUGCUACGCUGGGGCGGCCGCGUGCUCUGCCUCUGGGAAGGCGGCGAGCCGUACGAGCUGGACACGCGGACGCUGGAGACCAUCGGCCCGUUCGACAUCCUCGGCCGCCUCGCCGGCGGCACCACCACCGACGAAGCGGCACGAGACGACGACAGCAGCGAGGCUGCGCGUCACGGGCGCCGGCGGCGGCCGUGGCUGCAGGAGGCAGGGAUCGACGUGGCCGCGCGCCUGCUGCGACCGGUCCUCAGUGGUGUCUUCAGCAUGCCGGCCAAGCGGCUGCUCGCGCACUACAAGAUCGACACCAAGAGGAACCGGCUGCUGAUGGUGGCCUGCAACGCCGAGGACAUGCUCCUCCCGCGCUCCAACUUCACCUUCUACGAGUUCGAGGCCAACUUCGCGCUGGUGCAGACGCGGGAGUUCGUGGUGCCGGACCACCUGAUGAUCCACGACUGGACCUUCACCGACAGCCACUACGUCCUCCUCGGCAACAGAAUCAGGCUGGACAUUCCCGGUUCGCUGCUGGCGCUCACGGGCACUCACCCAAUGAUCGCGGCCCUCGCCGUGGACCCGAGCCGGCAGUCCACGCCCGUCUACCUGCUGCCGCGCUCCCCGGAGGCCGACGCCGAGGCCAGCGGCCGCGACUGGAGCGUGCCCAUUGAGGCGCCGUCGCAGAUGUGGUCCAUGCACGUCGGCAACGCCUUCGAGGAGCGCAACGCCCGGGGCGGCAUCAACAUACAGCUCCACAUGUCCGGCUGCUCCUACCAGUGGUUCAACUUCCACAGGAUGUUCGGUUACAAUUGGCAGAACAAGAAGCUGGACCCGUCCUUCAUGAACAUAGCCAAGGGAAGGGAAUGGCUACCUCGUCUUGUUCAGGUGUCAAUCGACCUCGACAAGAGAGGAACGUGCCGAGGAUGCUCCGUCCUGAGACUGUCCGACCAGUGGACCAGGCCGGCGGACUUCCCGGCGAUCAACCCAGGCUUCGCCAACCGGAGGAACCGGUUCGUCUACGCCGGCGGUGCCUCCGGUUCACGCAGGUUCUUGCCGUACUUCCCCUUCGACAGCGUCGUCAAGAUAGACGUCGCUGAUGGAUCGGCACGGUCGUGGUCUGCCACCGGGCGCAAGUUCGUUGGUGAGCCGGUCUUCGUCCCGACCGGCCUUAGCGAGGAUGACGGCUAUGUUCUGCUUGUCGAGUAUGCAGUGUCUGAUCACAGGUGCCAUCUGGUGGUGCUGGACGCAAGGAAGAUCGGGGAAAGGGACGCAGUUGUGGCAAAACUUGAGGUGCCCAAGCACCUCACCUUCCCAAUGGGAUUCCAUGGGUUUUGGGCAGAUGAAUGA